ACGUGCGAUAGAGGUUAAAAAUAACAUCCCCAGUUGAAGGAAGUCUGCUUUGGUAUCAAAAGUUGUAUAAUGGUAGGAUAAACACCUGGGCGGGACUAAACCAAGAAGACAAGAUACAAGAAAAGACUUAGACAGCAUCAAGUCCAAGAAAAGCUGAUCUCUCAUUACGAAGAUAUUCGUGGGCAAUCGGGAUGCAAUAUCCUCUUGAACUUGGCAAACUUUCCCGAAUGUCACAUUUCGGGACAGGGAUCGGAAAAGAACUGCAAGUGCCUGAAUGGGAUUUUGAAAGCACAAUCGACACAAAACCUCUUGGAAGAUUAUUUUUGCAAAAAAGUCCGAGAGAUGUUUUUACAGUGGAAUUAAAACGAGAAAUGGUUGACAAUGACAGAAAAUUAAAAUCAUCAAUGACGAGACAUAGAAAAGAAAUGCAGAAGGAAUCGCAGUUAUUGGAAAGAGAAAUGAGAAACCACGAGAAACCAUACGUAUGCUACAGAGGAAAUAUAAAAUCACGUUUCGGAGAUAAAUUUAAUAAUCUCCCAUCUUCACUACGUGCAAGACAGGGAAGUAGCUUGACUGAAACCACCAACACAGCAGCACCCAUAACUGUCGUGGACGCGGAAACUGUAGUCUCCGAGCAAUAUGUCGUUUGCAAAAGAUGCAAAAAAACAUAUAAAGAGAGUGGCAACACUGAAACAUCUUGCAGAUAUCAUCACGGGCCUAUUAUUGCAGUAUUUGGUGGAAUGUGUCAAAACUGCGGUAUGUUGGACUACACGAGUGGCUGUGUAGUAGGAUUUCAUACCAGAAAAAAGCAACGGGUUCCCAGAACAAGGAAAGAACCUAUUCAAUUAUCAGCAGCAGACAAAGUACAACACGAGAGAGUUGAUGAAGACGAAGGCAUUCAGACGUGAACCACAAAAAAACUAGAUGAAUGCGAACAAAUCUCGGAGAGUUUUGCAGUACACCACAGUUAUGUUUACAGACUCCGAAAUGCACGCCAGUGAUGCGCCUGCGUGUGAUGUUUUUUAUGUAAUUGACUUGGAAUAUCUUCGAAUUGUAAAACUCUAAAGCCGGAAGCUUGAUGUCGUGAAUUUGGAGUAUAUAUAAUGUGCAAUUAACAAAAAAUUAUAUUGUAUGUCUAUUAAACAGGAUUCCUGUAUUGUGACUUGAAAACCUCCUUUCACGAACUGUAUAAAAAGCACGUAUCUUUUUUGUGGUGUCGUAUUACUUAAAAUAUAUUUUAAAGAUUGUUCAAGGUAGUUUUUAAAGCGGUACAUUGUUAAAAGGCUCGCCAAAAUUUCAUUGCAGGCUUAUGAAAUACGACAAACAAGGAAGCAACGCUCAAAUAUAUGGCCACGAAAGCCAAAAUGAAGCAGUACGGAAUAAUAACCCUUGGCUUGUAUUGAAACUAAUGGCACGAUUUGACUCGUAAUAUUGCGCAACUGUGUCGUGUGACAUCAAAUCGAUCAACAGGCAAAUCGUUAUGCGUGAAUGCCUACGGUAAACAGUAAAUUCCGAUCUUCGUGAAUCAGUCUUAUACGAAGGAUACUUCCGCAAUUACUGCAGUUCUAUAUAACCUUUGUCGUGUUAAGCUGGUAAAAACGGGCUAUAAAAUGGUUCAUUUGAUUUCAGUGAGGGGUUGUUAAGCACAUAAAUAUAGGCAGAAACAGUUGAGACAACCUAAGCGUUUAUUUUUUUACAUAAUUACUACUGACAACAGCACUAUUUUACAGUCGAGCUUUAACCACAGCUAGAAACAAGCGACCAUCAUAAAAAUAUAAGCAUUUCCAGUUCUAUGAAAGAAAUUAGCAUUUGAGAUGGUACUGACAACGGCAUUCUUUUAAAAUCGAGCUUCAACGACAGCUAGGAACAAGCGACCAUCAUGUUCAGUUCUAUAACAAAAUUAGCAUUUGAGAUGGUAAUGAUAAAAUUAAAUUUGAGCCACAAGUCACAAAGCUGUCAUCAAUUCGUAAGUCUGAAUAUGAUAGAAGUAUCUAGACAUCGAUUUGAUAGCAUGGUAAACGUGGCUUAUGUUAUUAUUGAAGAUAAGAGUUUGUUUUAUCGCCGUUGCAAAUAGGUACAUAAUAUUUCUGGACUCUUUAAUGGCGAGUUCAAUACUGUUUUUGUGUUAUUGUAUUCUGGAAUAUAUCCUUAUUAGGUAUAGGUGAAUCAUGGCAACUUAUUCAAUAUUCUGUUCCGAAGUUGCUGCUAUUGCCGGAAUGAAUCCGUUUCAAUCGCAACAAGAAGCGAUGGAAAAAUUUCGAAUGAGAGUUGAUAGAAAACAAUUUAUGAAUGAGUUGAAGACAAGGGAUGAACAACCAGAAUGGAUCCAGGCAAAACAACUGUGUAACGAUAAAAGGUUUUUACCCACAGUGAAUGCGGCCACUGUAGUCCCCGCAAAUAACCCGAAAGAACUUGAUAAAAAGAAGGAGAUCGCUAAAAAAGAUUUGGAAAACCUAAAAGGUAACGCUACUGACAAGGAAAAGCGUCUUGUUCAACAAGAAGUACGACGGCAAGUUAACACAAAUUUCGGAACAAAACUCGAGGAAAAAGUGCGUGAAAGAUGGUCACAGACGACCGGUAAAGAAGUAACUGAAGAUACUGAAACUCGUGAACAAUUUUUCUUUGAAAUUGGAAAUAACAAAUUCGUCCUACGCGGAAAAAUUGACGGCAUCGUCAAAGAAGAACCAGAAGCGAUACUGGAAAUCAAAUCAAGAGCAAAUAAGUUGUUCAAAACUGUGAGAGAGUAUGAACGUGUUCAAGUUCAAGCCUACUGCUUUCUGUUUAGAUGUGAAAAGGCAUAUCUGGUUGAAGCUUUAAAUACCGGAGAUGAUUUUGAAAUGGAUUGGACUACUGUAAUAAGAGAUGAAAAAUUUUGGCGACUUAUUUCAGAAAAUACAAAAAGGGCACUUGAGCCGUACUUUCCUGGUACUACAUGUAGUUCCAGCCACAGCGAAGACGAUGUGAAGUCAGAAAAUUAGUGAGAAUAACUACUUCAUUCCAUUAUAUUUACUCUAGUUACAAUGGCACUAAUCCGAAUGAGACGCUAAGCUACCGGAGAAACCUUUGCAGUUUACUUAUUGGUGUCUCUUUAUGAGAUGGCCGUGCAAGCGACCAACACAAUUUGAGGUUAUGAUUUUGGCAUGAUGUAAGACUGCGACCACAUAUUUUCUCGUUUCAGCACUAUUUCUAUAUUACCCUAGUCAUUUUUAUACCCUUUUCACACAAUUUUUAUCAUGUCAACAUGUUAUGCACUGGUUUAAAUAACGAUAUUAUUGUUUGGAUAUUUCUUACUCAGGGUAAUUUUAUCACAAUAAUAUGCAAUCAAAUCAGCAGCACUUGGUAUGUAUUUCAUGCAAAUAAAUUAUCUUUUCCUUAAUUAAAUAUAAUUUUAGGAAAUCGUGAUUGUUAUCUAUGCAAUAUAUUUG